AUGUCAGAAACUAUCAAGAUCGCGGCAGCCCAGAUGGCGCCGGUUUUUCUCAACAGACAGGCUACAACUGAUAAGGUUUGCCGGUUUAUUCAGGAGGCAGGUGAUGCUGGUGCCCGGGUCAUCGGAUUCCCAGAGUGCAUCAUCCCGGGAUACCCCGCAUGGGACGAGCUCAUCCCCAUGGAUCGCUCUCAUGCACACGGCCUUUUUCGCAAACUCUUUCUCAACUCGGUCGAGGUUCCAGGCCCCGAGACUGAACAGAUUGGUCAAGCUUGCAAAGACGCCAAUAUAUAUGCGAUCGUGGGUGUCAAUGAACGGCGUGUGGGAACCACGGGUACUACAUUCAACACCCAACUUCUGUUUGGGCCUGACGGUUCGCUUCUCAACAAGCACCAGAAGUACGUCCCAACUGUUGCCGAGCGAUUGAUCCACACAGACGGUCAGACUGGCACUUCUGUCUCCGUUCCUACGGAGUUUGGCUGUCUCAGUGGUCUGAUCUGUGGUGAGAAUGCCAAUGCAUUGGCCAUGUAUUCUCUGAGCUUGAAAUAUCCUGUGAUUCAUGUCGCAUCUUGGCCAACACACUUCACUCCUGAAAUCGAAAUGCAGUCUUGUAUCUUGAAUUCCACCAGGGGUCUUGCAUAUGCUCUCAAGUGUUUCGUGAUCAACUCGGUUGGCGUCAUUGACGAUGACGCAAUCGAGGCAUACGGCGAGGAUGAGGACAUUCGCAGGUACAUGGAGAUGGAGCGCCAGAAGCCUCUUGCAACCAUUCUGGGUCCAGAUGGUAACAUACUGGCCGGGCCGCUCAAUCCAGGAGAUGGCAUCCUCUACGCCGAUAUUGACCCGACGGACGUGAUCAUCCCAAAAUAUGCCAUUGAUAUUGCCGGUCACUAUAACCGACCGGAACUAUUUGCACAUCACUUCGCCAACUAUUUCAAGAGACCAGGUAAAGAGGGUCUGGUCAGGAAUUCCAACCUAUAA